AUGGGCAGAAUCAUCGAGUCCAUCCGCAGCGCGUACGCCGCGCGCGCAGACGACGCGUCGGCCACGCGGCCCACCGUCUCGUUCGAGUUCUUCCCGGCCAAGACCGACGCCGGCGUGUUCAACCUCCUGACGCGCGUGGAGGAGAUGGGCCUCGCGCUGCAGCCGACGUUCGUGACGCUGACGUGGCGCUCGGCGUUCAAAGACGAGGCGCUAUGGCUGCGCAUUGGCGCGCACGUGCAGAACGAGUUCCAGCUCGACGUGCUCCUGCACCUCACGUGCCACUUGCCGACGGAGGACCUCAAGCGGAUCCUCCGGAACGCGCGGGCCGCGGGCAUCCGCAACAUCCUCGCGCUCCGAGGCGAUCCGCCCAUUGGCGCCGAGCGCUGGACGCCCGUGAAAGACGGACUGUGCAACGCUGUGGACCUCAUUGCACUCAUUCGCGAGGAGCAUGGCGACUAUUUCUGCAUUGCCUGUGCAGGGUACGCUGAGGUGCACACCGAGUCGUGGAACCAUCCGGACCUGCCGCCGUCCAACGAGGCGCGGGCGCUGGACUUGCAGCGGCUCAAGGCGAAGCAGGACGCUGGCGCCGAGUUCAUCAUCACGCAGUUCUUCUUUGACGUGGACAAUAUGGUCCGGUGGAUCGCCGACUGCCGAGACGCUGGGAUCACGAUUCCGAUCCUGCCGGGCUACUUGCCGAUCCAGAACUACAGCUCCUUUCGCAAGUUCACGAGCUGGUGCAAGACCCGCGUGCCUGAACAAGUGCUGGCGGACCUGGAAGCGGUGAAAAACGACGACGCAGCUGUGCGUCGCUACGGCACGCAACUUGCAGUCGAGACGUGUCAGCGGUUGCUGGCCGCGGGAGUGCACUCGCUGCAUUUCUACACGAUGAACCUGGCGGCGACGGUCACGCAGGUGCUGGAAGGGCUGCAGUUGCUGCCUGCACGGAACCAGCGCGGGCUUCCGUGGCAAUCGACGCUGCAGCGCUCGACCGUCGAGGGCGAGCAAGUGCGUCCGAUCUUCUGGUCGAAUCGUCAGGCGAGUUACAUUGCGCGCACUGCUGCGUGGGACGAGUUUCCCAAUGGACGCUGGGGAGACCGCACAAGUCCGGCCUAUGGAGAGCUGUCCGAGUACUAUUUGGCCUUCAAACGACCAAAGGUCCAGCGCACGCAACUGUGGGGUACGCCGCAGAACGAGCAAGACAUCUGGAACGUGUUCGUUCGCUUCAUUGAAGGUCACGUGAAGCAAUUGCCGUGGUGCGAGCAGGCUCUGUCGCGCGAGAGCGCUGUGAUCCGCGAAAACCUGCAGUGGCUGAACGCCAAUGGCUUCCUGACGGUCAACAGUCAGCCGCGCGUGAACGGAGCGCCCUCGAGCGAUCCUUCCGUUGGCUGGGGCGGCGACAACGGCGUUGUGUUCCAGAAAGCAUACGUGGAGUUCUUUGUCGCACCUGAAAAGAUGGCGCACCUUGUGACAGUCAUGCGGCGAGACUACCCGCAGCUGUCAUUCCACGCGCUCAACCGUCGGGGCGAUGAGCACCGCAACACGCCGCUGCACAGCGUCACGGCCGUUACGUGGGGCGUCUUUCCCGGCACGGAAAUCGUCCAGCCGACAGUCGUCGACUCGGACUCGUUUGCGGCGUGGAAAGACGAAGCGUUCGAGUUGUGGCAGACGCAAUGGGCGUCAGCGUACCCUGCAGGAUCACGAUCGCACCAAGUCAUUCAGCAUAUCUACGACACGUACUUCCUCGUCAACAUUGUCGACAACGACUAUGCCAACGAUGAGUCAGACAUCUUCAGUGUCUUUAUGCGGAUCAUCACAGAGGCUAUGGACAAAGAGCAGCUGCGUGCGCGUGUGCUCGAGCUGGAAACGCGACGGGAGAAGAUGUUUGACACGCUCGCAUCGUUCCAGUCGCUGCAAAAGGAGCAGAACGAGCAGCUGCGCGCUGUGCACGCGGAGCUUGCGAGCGUGCGCCGCGAGAACCUCCAGCUGCAGGAAAAGGUCCACCAGUUGCUGGCGCAGCUUGCGCUCGCGUCGCUAUAG